CGUGUGUGUGAAAGUGGAUGGGAUCUUCCGAAGAAGCGACCAAAUUCCCACCCUGUCGUUUCGUAUAAAACGUCGCUCAUCGGUAUGUUGCGGUACAGUCACCACUUGACCCUACAUCGCUCGAGCAUCAUGAACUCUUUUACCGUGGCCCUCACGUUCGCCUUGGCGGCGGUGGCCGUCGUAGCGGAACCCCCUUCGGGGUACAGCUACAGCCGGCCCAGCGGCGGAGGCGGCGGUUUCGGGGGCGGCAUCUCCUUGGGCGGUGGACUGUCCGGGGGUGGUGGCGGAUACACUGCCGUGUCAUCCGGCUACCAGACCUCCGAAGGAGCCUCCGUAGACCCAGCGCUCCUCGAACAAGUCCGCCAGAUCCUACUCAAAGAGGAACAAAGUUCGGCUUCUUCAUCUGGUGGUGGCGGCGGCGGUAUCAGCGGCUCGUACGGCGCACCAUCUCCCCAAUACGGUGUGCCGUCGUCGUCGUAUGGCGUACCCAGCUACUCCACCAGGGUAGUCGGUAUUGACCUCGAGGGAAUCAAGCAGGCUAUCCAAGUGGCACAGUACAACCAGAUCUCGCAGGCUCCCGGAUUCUCCGGUUACCCCAGCGGGCCAAGCUCGAGUUAUGGGGCGCCGGCGCCGUCCGGUUCCUACGGGGCACCCUACUAACGCACAUCCUGGCGAGCGAAGCUACAAACAAAGGACUGACAUUAAGUGUACAUAAAAAUCACGUUUUCAUCUCACACGGGUCAUGAUGCAUCUCAACGGUAACGAGCGAAGAUCCACAACAUCGAGCGAUCACAACAACACCAUCAAAUUAUUGUUUUACUUUACUUUUUUGUAUAAAGCUUUCAUAGUUUAUGUUUUUAAAAAAAAUACAUUUGUC